GCUGCCGCAGACAAAGUGCAGAAACCCAGAGAGUUAGCUCGAGGUGUCAGACAGCAGAGCACCACUCGAGAGCCAAGUCGGUCUUCUAGAAGGAGAUCGCAAGUCGUUCUCCGCAGCGUCUCUCCUGCCAGUAAGGAUAUACCUUGGAAGAAGCCCCGAACGGAGCAAUGGAUUACCAGUCGAGCAUCAUUCGAGACUCUAACCCCAUGGAGAACCUGGAGAAGCAGCUGAUCUGUCCCAUCUGCCUGGAGAUGUUCGCCAAACCUGUGGUGAUCUUACCCUGCCAGCAUAACCUCUGCAGGAAAUGUGCCAAUGACGUCUUCCAGGCUGCUAACCCAUAUUGGCAAAGUAGUCGCGGAACAACCUUGUCGGGCGGGCGGUUCCGUUGCCCUUCCUGCCGCCACGAAGUCAUCUUGGACCGGCAUGGAGUCUAUGGCCUCCAGAGGAAUUUACUGGUGGAGAACAUCAUUGAGAUCUACAAACAGGAAUACUCCAGCCGGCCCUUGAAGAAGGGAAAUCACCCCAUGUGCAAGGAGCAUGAAGACGAGAAGAUCAACAUCUACUGCUUAACCUGUGAGGUGCCCACCUGUUCCAUGUGCAAAGUAUUUGGGGCUCACAAAGACUGUGAAGUGGCACCCCUUCAAAGCGUCUUCCAAGGGCAAAAGACUGAACUGACCAACUGCAUCUCUAUGCUGGUGGCAGGGAAUGACAGAAUCCAGACUAUCAUCAACCAGCUGGAAGAGUCAUGCAAAACCACUGAGGAGAACAGCCGGCAGGUAAAGCAGGCCCUGUGUGAGAAGUUUGAAGCUCUGAUUGCUGCCCUGGAAGAGAAGAGGAGCGAGCUGCUGGAGCGGAUCUCCAAGGAGCAAGAAGAGAAAGUCGGGUUCAUGCAGAACCUCGUCCAGCACUACAAAGAGCAGCUGGAGAAGUCUAGCAAGCUGGUGGAGAGUGCCAUUCAGUCCAUGGAAGAGGAGGCAGGAGCUGCAUUUCUCUUGGCAGGUCAGUAUUACAGGGAGAGCUCUGAGCCUGACAGAAUUGUAGAGGCAUCAAAAGGAGGUCAACUGGAGAAAAUUGAACCAGGUUUUGAAAACAUGGACUAUUUCACCCUUGACCUAGAACACAUCGCAGAAACAGUGAGAGCCAUAGAUUUUGAAUCAGGUGAUGACAAUGAAGAGCUAAAUGAGGAAGAAGAAACAGAAGAGGAAGAUACUGGAGUUGGGGAUAUGGAUGGUUCUCAAUAACAAAGCAGGAAAAUGAAUUUCAUGAAGGAAGAGGAAAUUCCCCAUGUACAGACCACGAGAAUCCAGGAAUGGUGAUGGUGGUGAUAGUGAUGAUGGCGAUGAUAUUGGGGUGGGGGAUGGGAAACCCCAGACAGAAUGCCCAAGCAAGCAGGGCAAGACCCCAGCUGACGAAGAGCCAUUUGGAGUGUGAGAUUCUUGGCAAUUCAGAAAGAAAACUUGCACAAAGACACUUUUAUACACGGGUGCAAAACAGAACUUUUCGUACAUUUUAUAAGUCUUUUCUUUUUUUGUAUAUAACUGCCAUGGCACAUGAAUAUUUUGUAAAGAAAAGGUGUUCCCCCCCCCUUUUUUUUUUGCUUCACAGCACCCUUCCAUGGACUGAAGGAUGUUGAUUUUGGGAAUUAUUUACAAGGAUUUCUUUGCACUAUGUAGGGCAUAGGACAAAGAGGAAGCGACUAUUAUAUUUAGCUGCUUUAGAAAAUUCUGAUUAAAGGAUUUAAUAAAAAAUAUUCUCCCCUGUGAUGCCUGUAGUUAAACUUCAAAGAUGCCUGUUGAUUUUGUUGCUGCAUAUUGUUACAAUAAAGUAAAUCCCAGUUUUA